AAUAUUUUCUAGGUGGGUUUUGGAAAUUUCUCAUGUAUAAAGAUAGGAGAAAAACAAUAAACAAUGGGUUAGGAGCCAAGUUCUGGGACGCUGACAGGGGUCAUUCACCUUGGACUCCAUCUUUAGAUCUCAAAAUUCCAUGUUUUCUGAACAAAAUCUAAGCACCCUUCUCCAUUUUCUCUCCUCCCAAACAAUACCACAAGAUUGAUAGGAUAAUGGCAGCAGCAGAAUCAAGGGCUGGCUGGAAGCGAAAUACUAACCGUUGCUUCAUCCAUGAAAAUGCCUCAAGAGCUCCAAACUCAUCUUCCUUCCCAUCAUCAUCUUCUUCAUCCAAACGUCAGUCUGAUGGUAGACCUGGUGAUGCAGCACAUCGGUCAGAUCAUCCCUCGCCAGAUUGCAUGCACCAGAAUUGUAAUCCCUUAGAGGAUCCAGCACCUGACUCAAAGUGGUGGUUAUACCCGCAACCCAAUUUCGGGCAUCAGAAGGGUUUUGAACAUGAACAGUUAAAUACUUUGGAGAAUGAGUUUGACAUCCUGAGUUACGAGUUCAUUAACCAAACUGCCAUUGAAGGACUUGGUGCCCAAACUGAAACAAAGAAGAAUGCUGAUUUUUUCCUGGACAGGUCCAGGAAGGCCUCUGCCGCAAGUAUGAAAGAGGACCAAUUUGCCAGAAUGUCCAAACCCAAGACUGGACUGCAUAGUAAUCCACAAGAUAUAGGUAAGGAUAAGGACAUUGAGGAGUUAUGGUACACAGAUGAGGACUUGGACCCUGUUAACAGCUUAGUCUCUGAACAAUCCAAGAAGCUUUCAUCUGAUUUGGAAUCCCAUUGGAUGGGAGCCGAGAAGACUGAACCAUGGUGGCGUAAAGCUGACAAAGAUACGCUUGCUUCCAUGGUUGCUCAGAAGUCAGUUGAGCACAUUGAGAACUGUGAUCUUCCAAAACCCCAGAUUAAGCAUUUCAGGAGGGGCCUAUCUGCUUCUCUAGAGUGGUCUGAUCAGGAUUGGAUGGUCGCUCCAUCCUUAGAUCAGAUGGCAGAGCUGGGGUUUUCGAAUCUCACUGACUGCACAUGGAAAAGUCAUACUUCAGCAAGUAUAGAUGAGAAACAGUCCAGUUUGGGUGCUAUAGAGUACUCGCCAAAUCGUUCAGACACAUUGUUCAGAAACAAUAGUCACAGUAUAACUGGCACGGAUCAGGAAGAAACAUGCCAUAUUCCUGAAGAUGCCAGCAAAGCCCAGCUGGUGGAAGCGCUCUGCCAUUCUCAAACACGAGCAAGGGAAGCUGAGAAGGCAGCUCAACAGGCCUACGAAGAGAAGGAGCACAUCAUCAAGCUCUUCUUCAAACAGGCCUCCCAACUCUUUGCUUACAAGCAGUGGCUCCAGCUGCUGCAGCUUGAGACCCUUUGUCUUGAACCUAAGAACAAGGACCAACCGAUCUCCAGCCAUGCUCCAACUGUCUUGCCUUGGAUCCCAUACAUAGCCCAGAAACCCAGAAAGGGUCAGCACAAUGGUUCGAAGAAGAAGGGCUCAACAACAAAUGGAAAUGGGAGAAGCAGGUAUACCACCGUUGCCUUUGCUCUGGGGUUGGGUCUUGCUGGUGCUGGCCUACUCCUUGGUUGGACCCUGGGCUGGUUGUUCCCUGCACUCCAAACUGCUUCUAGUUCCAGAUCCGCAUCAUCUUCAUUGCAGAACUCAGAUUCUGGUUAGUAUGCAUGCCCCCACCCCUCAUCCAUCCAGACUCUUUCCAAAAGAUUUGUCCAUGUUAUGUUGAUAAAACCUUCUCUAAUCCUUUUGCUUAAUGGAUUAAUGAUUUCUCUGUACAGAAGACUUCAUGAGGUGUAAAUUUGUGUACAUAUUGAAGGGAACCAUUGUUCUUUUCUUUCACAAAAGGUGCUUCUGACGUAUUGUUCUAGUUGGAAAUGAGUUCCUAAUGAAUGAAGGUUCAUGUUGGCAUUGAAAUUUA